CUCACCCGGGCUGUCCAAUAGUGGAGCGGGGCGGGCGGCUGGGGCGGGGCCUGUGGCGCCUGCGCAGGAGCUUGUGUCGUCAAAGUGCCCGCUGUGUCCAUGGAGAGAAGCUGAGGACCUACGCUCCAGCCGGAGGCUGCGGGCGCCGCGACGUGGACAUGUCGGCGUCGUUGGUCCGCGCCACCGUGCGGGCCGUGAGCAAGAGGAAACUGCAGCCCACGCGGGCGGCGCUCACGCUGACCCCCUCUGCUGUGAACAAGAUAAAACAACUUCUUAAAGACAAGCCUGAGCAUGUGGGUCUCAAAGUUGGCGUGCGAACCAGGGGUUGUAAUGGCCUCUCUUACAGCCUGGAGUAUACAAAGACAAAAGGAGAUUCUGAUGAAGAAGUUAUUCAAGAUGGAGUCCGAGUGUUCAUCGAGAAGAAAGCACAGCUAACUCUGUUAGGAACAGAGAUGGACUACGUGGAAGACAAACUGUCCAGUGAGUUUGUGUUCAAUAACCCCAACAUCAAGGGGACCUGUGGCUGUGGUGAAAGCUUUCACGUGUGAAACCUCAGGACUGUGAGCUCCAGGAGAGCUGGGUCUGCCUUGGAGCUUACUGAAGAAAUCAUGUGAUGUCACGUGCUCAGAAGUUAUAGUAUGGCUGCCUCGUGGGUGAAAAUAAAGUGACGCAUUUGGAAAUCAAGCCAACGUGUGAAGAGUUCCGAAAACACGGUAUCUGUACUCUCUGUAAGACACAGAAACUGAGAAGCCGUUGGUUCCUUGAGCCGUUCUGUUCUGUACAGAAAACUCCUACCCUGCCCUUACGCUGUAGCCUGCUUUGUGCUAGAACCAGCUUCGUGGCCAUUGCUUUGCUGGGAAUUGAGGAAUGGGAUAACAGGCAUGCACCUACAUCGCAGAACGGCUUGAGUGUGUCUCCUGUCCCUGUCUCAAUCUUUGCCAACCCCCAGUCUCAGGCAGGACAGCUGUGGGAAACAGUGUAGUCGGACCUUGUUUCCCUCACCUUUGGCAUGGCCCAUUACAUUUUUACCUAAAUGUGAUCAUCACAUGCCUCAUUUGCCAACCCUUCAACAGUUCCCGAGUUCUGAGUUCCAGUAUCAGAAGGUGGGAACCACUAGGCCUGGUUUCAGUCUGUCCUUUCAGGCAUGCUUCAUGAUGUUUUGCUUAGUUCUUGCAGUUAGAAUCGCUCAUGGUGAGCAGCCAGCAGCUCACUCAGAGCUCCUGCCCAGCUCUCCCUUCCUUGAGGUCACAGCAGUGCUGUUGGAGACAUUCGGUGAGGAGAGUGGCCUUGGCUUCCCACCUGGCCAGCGCUCUCACCAGAAUUUCUUAAUUUAUAGAGACUUUGUUAGUUUUCUUUUGAAUAGAAUCUUGUGUAAACCCUUUCGUGUGAAUUGCCAUCUUGUUUGUUUCGAACUUUGAAACAAUAGUUUCUUCUUAUAGAGAAGAUCUGCAGCAGUGGGAUUAUUCUCAGCACAGGACCUGUGGAGCAGAAUAUGCGAAUUCUUAGAGUUGCCAGUUUGCAUAUGCUUUCUGGUUCCUAAAUGAAAUUGCUAAUUUUUUUUUAAUGUUUUUAUCACCAGUUUUUUGAGCCAUGGUUUUGCUGUAUACUACAGGCCAGCAUUGAACGCACAGUCCUCCUGCUUCAACAUUCUGAGGCUUGGGAUGCCACACCCGGAUCCCAAGUUUUUCUUUAAGUGGUCUUGAUAGCCUUGGGUUGGACAGCUUAAGUAACCUGUGAAUUCUUUUGUGGAAGGCUGAGUCUCAUGCAGCUGAGUGAAAUAUUUGUUCUAUUUACUAAAGUACCUAUCACCAAAAUGUAUCAACUCUUAGUUUUAUAUGAAUAUUGAUGAGUUUGUAUCAUAAGUAGAAUUGUUGAUACAUCCUUAAUUUGUGCAAUAUUGUAUGAAGAGAUUGAGUUGUCAAUUAAAAACACACAUCUUUAUGA